GACCUGGUCAAGGAACUGAACUCCUCUGAUGUAACGUCUCAGCAGAGAGCUGUAGAAAAGGCUGAUUGCUACAUAGCUGCCUUGAAGGAGAAGGAGGAACCAUGCAAAACACUCCUCAACAGGACAGUGAUAAACACCAAUCCCUCACAACGGGCGCCUGCACCGACGGUAACAGCUUAAUAUUGAGUCUCUCUCUGCACAAAGCAAGCACAUAAUGACUUUUCAGAUUGAAUCCCAAUCUACUAGCAAUCUUUCCUGUGGUCUGUAAUAGGUUGGAUGUGUGUGCAUUGUCUAUAACGGCAGGUACAUUUUAGCAUCCUUUCAUUUGGCUAAUUAGAUUUUUUUUUUCUUAGAAGGUACAGGUAAGUAAUUUGAUGUCAUGCUGCAGAAACAUGUUUUUGAAUAUUUGUUUUCUAUUCUUUUUUUACAGGGUUCACAGAAUUAUCCCAGUUCAAGUGCAGGUGUGUGAAGCUAAAAUGGGUCUCUUUUGCUGUAUGAUGAGAUUAUAAGGUUUGGGACAACUAUAUAAGAAAUAAUUUAGGAACAACUUAAUUUGAGCAUGGUACUCAAGAUGUGUAGCAGAUCGGGAUCAUUGAAACUCGCUUCUCAGCGAGUGUCUCCACUUGCGUUGACGAAUAGCUAGCUUUUCGGUAGCGCGACUGGGUAAGACGCUUCAGGAGGGCGGUGGCGCGUGUUUGCGAGGCAGAUGUCAUGGGUUCAAGCCUCGGUAUGAGCCGAAUCAGGAGGAAGCGGUACUAGCUAAGUAAGCAGCGUGACGUCCUUUACAUUUGCAUAAAUCAAACACAAAAAGUUUGGGUAGUGUCUGGCUCUGUAUACAGUACAUUUAUCUCAAGUUAGGAUUUGUCCCUUUAAAGGGGCCAUCUGCAAUUUUUAAACAAUGUAAUUGUAAUGAAACACUGUAUAGCCUCAAAACAUGGUUAAAACUAUAAUUUUGAUCUCAUGGUUGGUCAGUCAGUCCUUGAAUCCAUAGCUCUGUCUAUGAAUUUGAGAGUGUUUACAUUUCUCCAGCCCCAUCCCUCAGCUGUUUACCAAAACACUGGCGGGAUGCCUGCUUUGUUGUUCUUGGAACUGCAGAUUGCCCCUUUAAGUGCUUACAUGGUACUACAUCAUACUGCCCAGAGCACUCUGUCUAUUUAAUCUGCAACUCCACCUUUAAUUGCACUAUCCCUAAACAUCAAUCAGCUUUACUCAGAAUAAAUACAAUUCAAAUAUAGUAAAUUGCACCACACAGUUAAAUUCCAAUUCAAUAGCCUAUGGAUGUCAAUACCCUUAACUGGAUUACCAAGAUCAGCCUAUCAAGUUCCGGUAACAGUCGAUCCCUGUGUUUUAUUUUUUAAUUGUAUUUUCUUUUUCUUAGAGGAGGUAGAUUAGCUUUAAUAUUGCAUAUAUAUUGUGGGUUCUAUCAAUGUAAUUGUCUGCAUCAUUUCCAACCCUCAUAUGUUUAAAAAAACAUAUUUUUUCCUUCUUUAUUAUUUUCCCCGAACCCUACCACCCCUCCCAUAAUUGGAGUAAACUACAUACUAUAUAAAUUUUACGGACAUGGUAUAGUUUACAGUAGUUAUCUUUUUUUAUUUGUUUUUAGUCCCACCCUUCAGCUACUCUGAACCUCUCCCAUAUAUCUCUGAAAACAAAUGUGCUGUAAUUUUACAAAGAGUAUUAUUAUACUUGUGCAAUUUGCAGAGUUAGCUCCAGGUAAAUGUUGCAAUUCUUCAGCAAUUCCUGAACCUAUGACCAAAAUCAAACUACAUAUGGGAAGUACCAAAACAAUUGAUUUAAUGAUUCUGUCUCUUAGCAGCAAAAUCUGCAGAUCUGGGAUGGUUGUAUCCUCCAUAUACAUAACAUACUAUUGGUUGCAAGAAUUUUGUAUAAUAAUUUUAAUUGGAUCAGUUCACAAACCAUGGAAUCGGCACAUCAAAAAUCUCUUCCCCAAUUACAGUGGCUUGCAAAAGUAUUCACCCACCUUGGCAUUUUUCCUAUUUUGUUGCCUUACAACCUGGAAUUAAAAUGCAUGUAGAGGUCUGUAAUAUGUUGUAUCAUAGGUGCACUUCAACUGUGAGAGACGGAAUCUAAAACAAAAAUCCAGAAAAUCACAUUGUAUGAUUUUUAAGUAAUUAAUUUGCAUUUUAUUGCAUGACAUAAGUAUUUGAUACAUCAGAAAAGCAGAACUUAAUAUUUGGUACAGAAACCUUUGUUUGCAAUUACAGAGAUCAUACGUUUCCUGUAGGUCUUGACCAGGUUUGCACACACUGCAGCAGGGAUUUUGGCCCACUCCUCCAUACAGACCUUCUCCAGAUCCUUCAGGUUUCGGGGCUGUCGCUGGGCAAUACAGACUUUCAGCUCCCUCCAAAGACUUUCUAUUGGGUUCAGGUCUGGAGACUGGCUAGGCCACUCCAGGACCUUGAGAUGCUUCUUACGGAGCCACUCCUUAGUUGCCCUGGCUGUGUGUUUCGGGUCAUUGUCAUGCUGGAAGACCCAGCCACGACCCAUCUUCAAUGAUCUUACUGAGGGAAGGAGGUUGUUGGCCAAGAUCUCGCGAUACAUGGCCCCAUCCAUCCUUCCCUCAAUACGGUGCAGUCGUCCUGUCCCCUUUGCAGAAAAACAUCCCCAAAGAAUGAUGUUUCCACCUCCAUGCUUCACGGUUGGGAUGGUGUUCUUGGGGUUGUACUCAUCCUUCUUCUUCCUCCAAACCCGGCGAGUGGAGUUUAGACCAAAAAGCUCUAUUUUUGUCUCAUCAGACCACAUUACCUUCUCCCAUUCCUCCUCUGGAUCAUCCAGAUGGUCAUUGGCAAACUUCAGACAGGCCUGGACAUGCGCUGGCUUGAGCAGGGGGACCUUGCGUGCGCUGCAGGAUUUUAAUCCAUGACGGCAUAGUGUGUUACUAAUGGUUUUCUUUGAGACUGUGGUCCCAGCUCUCUUCAGGUCAUUGACCAGGUCCUGCCGUGUAGUUCUGGGCUGAUCCCUCACCUUCCUCAUGAUCAUUGAUGCCCCACGAGGUGAGAUCUUGCAUGGAGCCCCAGACCGAGGGUGAUUGAGCGUCAUCUUGAACUUCUUCCAUUUUCUAAUAAUUGUGCCAACAGUUGUUGCCUUCUCACCAAGCUGCUUGCCUAUUGUCCUGUAGCCCAUCACAGCCUUGUGCAGGUCUACAAUUUUAUCCCGAUGUCCUUACACAGCUCUCUGGUCUUGGCCAUUGUGGAGAGUUUGGAGUCUGUUUGAUUGAGUGUGUGGACAGGUGUCUUUUAUACAGGUAAUGAGUUCAAACAGGUGCAGUUAAUACAGGUAAUGAGUGGAGAACAGGAGGGCUUCUUAAAGAAAAACUAACAGGUCUGUGAGAGCCGGAAUUCUUACUGGUUGGUAGGUGAUCAAAUACUUAUGUCAUGCAAUAGAAAGCAAAUUAAUUACUUAAAAACCAUACAAUGUGAUUUUCUGGAUUUUUUUUCACAGUUGAAGUGUCCCUAUGAUAAAAAUUACAGACCUCUACAUGCUUUGUAAGUAGGAAAACCUGCAAAAUCGGCAGUGUAUCAAAUACUUGUUCUCCCCACUGUAUAUGUUUCCCCUUAAACCACCAGGUGAACCUCCGUCUCAGUCUCAAAUCUCUGGAAGACUGAAACAGGUUUCCCUCUUAGAAUCUCCCUGUAUUUAGCGCCAUCCAUCAUUCCUUCAAUUCUGACCAGUUUCCCAGUCCCUGCCGAUGGUGUUCUCGGGGUGAUGAGAGGUGUUGGGUUUGCACCAGACAUAGCGUUUUCCUUGAUGGCCAAAAAGCUUAAUUUUAGUUUCAUCUGACCAGAGUACCUUCUUCCAUAUGUUUGGGGAGUCUCCGACAUGCCUUUUGGCGAACACAAAGCAAUGGCUUUUUUCUGGCCACUCUUCCGUAAAGCCCAGCUCUGUGGAGUGUACGGCUUAAAGUGGUCCUAUGGACAGAUACUCCAAUCUCUGCUGUGGAGCUUUGCAGCUCCUUCAGGGUUAUCUUUGGUCUUUUUGUUGCCUAUCUGAUUAAUGCCUUCCUUGCCUGGUCCGUGAGUUUUGGUGAGUGGCCCUCUCUUGGCCGGUUUGUUGUGGUGCCAUAUUAUUUCAAUUUUUUUAUAAUGGAUUUAAUGGUGCUCCGUGGGAUGUUCAAAGUUUUUGAUAUUUUUUAUAACCCAACCCUGAUCUGUACUUCUCCACAACUUUGUCCCUGACCUGUUUGGAGAGCUCCUUGGUCUUCAUGGUGCCGCUUGCUUGGUGGUGCCCCUUGCUUAGUGGUGUUGGAAACUCUGGGGCCUUUCAGAACAUGUGUACAGUAUGGACACAGGUGGACUUUAUUUAACUAGUUAUGUGACUUCUGAAAGUAAUUGGUUGCACCAGAUCUUAUUUAGGGGCUUCAUAGCAAAGGAGGUGAAUACAUAUGCAUGCACCACUUUUCCUUUAUGUAUUUCUUUUGAAAUUUCUGAAACAAGUUAUUUUUUUCAUUUCACUUCACCAAUUUGGACUAUUUUGUGUAUGUCCAUUACAUGAAAUCCAAAUAAAAAUCCAUUUAAAUUACAGGUUGUAAUGCAACAAAAUAGGAUAAACGGCAAGGGGGAAUAAUACUUUUGCAAGACACUAUAUUUUGCAACCUGUAUGGCGCAGCUGUCCACUUCUUGGUCCUUAAAUGAAACUGGUAUACUUUUUUAUUUAUCACAAUUUUUUUAAACCAAUUUUGGUCUUUAAUGUAGGGCCGACAGACAGGUUCCUUACCUUCUCCCCCUUCAACUUGCCUCUUUCAUUUUCACGGUAAUGCUGCAAUCAGUUGGUUGUAUUUUGGGAUAGAGCAGACAUUUCCAUAUAUUUUUGUUAGCUGAAUGUGUGACAUAACCCCAUCAGUCCUAUUUAUGAUAUCAUUAACAAAGAUUAUAGAUUUUUUAAACAUUUUUAUCAAUUAGUAUAUUUGAGUUUAACCAUAAUAUUUGUUGUAAUAACUGAAAGUGAGAGGUUGUAAUCUGAAUAAAGGAAAAAGGGCUUUCUUUUUUUACACUGGGUGAGCCAUUCUUACUAAUUUAAAUACAACUUUUGUAUGACUGAAGCCUUUAGUGAGAGGUUACAUUCUUGAAUAUUUAAUAAUUUCAGCUCUCCGAAUUCAUAUUCAUUAUAUAAAUAGUCCGGUUAAAAGUUUGUCUGGCUUGCCGUUCCAAAUAAAGUGGAAUAUAUUUUGCUCAUAUAAUUCUAAAAACAAGUAAUUCAGUGUAGACAGGGCCAUAAGUAAAUAGGUAAACUGGGAUAUGACUAAUGAAUUAAUCAGGGUCAUUAAAAAAAAAAAACUUUCCAUGGUAGCAAGAUCUUAUCUAUUUUUGCUAACUUUCUUAAAAAUGAAUUGUUGUGAGAUCUUUUCUUUCUUUCGGGAAUAUGAAUACAGAUUAUGUCCACUUCACCGUCAGACCAUUUUAAUGGUAAAAUACAUGGUAAUGUAAAAGUUAUAUUUUUUUGCGAUCCUUUACAUAAUAUGGUACACUUAUCAUAGUUUGGUUGUAAUCCAGAGAGGUUAGAGAAAUUACCUAGAUCUUCUAUGAGGCUGUGCAGGGAUACAAAUUGCAGAUUUAAAAGAAAACAUGAGUCGUCAGCGUACAAUGACACCUUUGUUUUUAAGCCCUGGAUUUCUAGCCCCUUGAAAUUGUUGGAUCUAAUUUUCAUAGCUAACAUUUCGAUGGCCAUAAUAAAUACAUAUGCCAAUAGUAGACAACCUUGUUUCACUCCUCUUGACAGUUUAUUACUUUCUGAGAAGUAGCCAUUAUUUGCUAUUUUACACCUGGGGUUACUAUACAUAACUUUAACUCAUUGUAUAAGAGAUUCUCCUAAAUUAAAAUAGUCCAGGUAUUUAUAUAUACAUUCUAGUCUACUUUAUCAAAGGCCUUUUCAAAAUCAGCUAUUAAUACCAGGCCCGGUUUCCCAGAUUUUUCAUAGUGUUCUAUUGUUCCCAGUACUUGUCUUAUAUUAUCUCCAGUGUAUCGUCCAUGUAAAAACGCUGUCUGAUUAGGAUGAAUAAUAUCCGACAAUACCUUUUUAAUUCUAUAUGCUAUGCAUUUUGCUAGAAUUUUGGCAUCACAACACUGAAGUGUAAGGGGCCUCCAGUUUUUUAGGUGGACUGGAUCUUUAUAUUUACCACCUGGGUCUUGUUUCAGUAAUAGUGAUAUCAGACCUUCUUGCUGAGUAUCUGAUAGUCUACCAUUUUUAUAGGAGUGGUUAAAACAUGUUAAUAACGGACCUCUGAGUACAUCAAGAAAGGUUUGGUAUACCUCAACUUGUAUGCCAUCCAGCCCUGGAGUAUUCCCAGAUUUAAAGGCUUUAAUUGCAUCAAGAAGUUCCUCCUCUGUAAUUUGGCCUUCACAUUAGUCUUUCUGUACAGCUGUUAAUUUUACACUAUUAAUAGAAAAAAAUCCUUACAAUUAACUUCAGUUAGUGGUGAUGAAGGAGACUGAAACGAAAACAUAAGCAUAAAGUACUUUGCUUCCUCUUUCAAAAUAUUGUUUGGUGAAUCAUGGAUGACUCUGUCAUUUGUAAAAAGUGUCUGUAAAUAAUUUCUGGUAGCAUUUCUCUGUUGAGGAUAAAAACAUUAUUUGAUGCAUUUUCCCCCAUAUUCCAUCCAGUUCGCUUUAUUUUUAUAAUACAGUGGGGAGAACAAGUAUUUGAUACACUGCCGAUUUUGCAGGUUUUCCUACUUACAAAGCAUGUAGAGGUCUGUAAUUAUUGUCAUAGGUACACUUCAACUGUGAGAGAUGGAAUCUAAAACAAAAAUCCAGAAAAUCACAUUGUAUGAUUUUUAAGUAAUUAAUUUGCAUUUUAUUGCAUGACAUAAGUAUUUGAUCACCUACCAACCAGUAAGAAUUCCGGCUCUCACAGACCUGUUAGUUUUUCUUUAAGAAGCCCUCCUGUUCUCCACUCAUUACCUGUAUUAACUGCACCUGUUUGAACUCGUUAUCUGUAUACAAGACACCUGUCCACACAUUCAAUCAAACAGACUCCAACCUCUCCACAAUGGCCAAGACCAGAGAGCUGUGUAAGAACAUCAGGGAUAAAAUUGUAGACCUGCACAAGGCUGGGAUGGGCUACAGGACAAUAGGCAAACAGCUUGAUGAGAAGGCAACAACUGUUGGCGCAAUUAUUAGAAAAUGGAAGAAGUUCAAGAUGACGGUCAAUCAUCCUCGGUCUGGGGCUCCAUGCAAGAUCUCACCUCGUGGGGCAUCAAUGAUCAUGAGGAAGGUGAGGGAUCAGCCCAGAACUACACGGCAGGACCUGGUCAAUGACCUGAAGAGAGCUGGGACUACAGUCUCAAAGAAAACCAUUAGUAACACACUACGCCGUCAUGGAUAAAAAUCCUGCAGCGCACGCAAGGUCCCCCUGCUCAAGCCAGUGCGUGUCCAGGCCCGUCUGAAGUUUGCCAAUGACCAUCUGGAUGAUCCAGAGAAGGAAUGGGAGAAGGUCAUGUGGUCUGAUGAGACAAAAAUAGAGCUUUUUGGUCUAAACUCCACUCGCCGCGUUUGGAAGAAGAAGAAGGAUGAGUACAACCCCAAGAACACCAUCCCAACUGUGAAGCAUGGAGGUGGAAGCAUCAUUCUUUGGGGAUGCUUUUCUGCAAAGGGGACAGGGCGACUGCACCGUAUUGAGGGGAGGAUGGAUGGGGCCUAGCCAGUCUCCAGACCUGAACCCAAUAGAAAAUCUUUGGAGGGAGCUGAAAGUCUGUAUUGCCCAGCGACAGCCCCGAAACCUGAAGGAUCUGGAGAAGGUCUGUAUGGAGGAGUGGGCCAAAAUCCCUGCUGCAGUGUGUGCAAACCUGGUCAAGACCUACAGGAAACGUAUGAUCUCUGUAAUUGCAAACAACGGUUUCUGUACCAAAUAUUAAGUUCUGCUUUUCUGAUGUAUCAAAUACUUAUGUCAUGCAAUAAAAUGCAAAUGAAUUACUUAAAAAUCAUACAAUGUGAUUUUCUGGAUUUUUGUUUUAGAUUCCGUCUCUCACAGUUGAAGUGUACCUAUGAUAAAAAUUACAGACAUCUACAUGCUUUGUAAGUAGGAAAACCUGCAAAAUCGGCAGUGUAUCAAAUACUUGUUCUCCCCACUGUAUAUUACACUUGAUCUUUCUUGAAAAAGUUCCUCUAGUUCUUUUUGUUUUUCCUCGAACUCAUUCUGUGCCUGUGUUUAUGUUUCCAAAUAAUGUAUCUUUCACAAUCCAAUUAGUGCUCUCAAAAUCCCCCCUGUGAAAACGAUGUACUGUAGUCCCAUUUCAAUUGCAAUGAAUUUCAAUUGGUUCUACUUCUAACAUGGUCCUCUUCUGUGCCUAGUGUAAAAUUGAAUAUCUGUACAGGUACUGUACUCGGGUAGUGGAAUAGAGUCAAAUCCCAUAGGAUUCCCAUCAUAUUUAACAUAAUUUAGUGAAAAGUUCAACUCCAUGAAUGAACUACUAUGUGACCAGCUGACCACUAAUGACCCACAAAUGUUCUUCUCAUUAAUGCAAUAUCUAAUUUCACCGUUUAGAAAUGUAGAGUUUACAUUCCAUGUAAAACACUUGUUUAAGAAUAUUGUUUCAUAUUCUCCUUAAUUCUCUAGAUAAUUUCAUGAAAAUUAUGGAAAACGAUGCAGAGGACAGACAUAAAAGGAGACAAAUGAAACAGGAAAAAGCAAAUGGUGUGUAUGAAGUCAUUUCUCUAGCAUGGAUUAGUUCUUGCAAUUUCCUAAUUAGGGUCUCUCUUAAUUCAGCUCUUUUUAACCUGACACUGUAUUUGUUUAUGUCCUUAUUCCCUCAGCCCUCAAAGAAAAGGGGAACGUAGCAUACGCCCAGGGAGAAUACGAGACUGCUGUGAAGCUUUACAGCGACGGUUUAGACGAGCGACGAGACAUGCAGCCGCUUUAUACCAACAGAGCACAAGUACUCUCCUCAGCUUCAUUUCAGCUUUGCAUCACUUUACUUAACUCUUCCCUUUUAAAAACAGUAUGUUGAACAGUAUCUGUCCACUUUUUCCUCUGCAGUCCUAUAUCAAACUGGAGAAAUAUAAGGAGGCCAUAAGUGACUGUGAGUGGGCUCUAAAGGUAAGGUUGACUAGGAACUUUGGGUCAAUCACUUGCUCCCUCGUUCUUCAUAACGCCAUGCCAGGCAGUGCACUUGUGAUCCUGUACUGACCUGGGAGCACAGAACAGACCAUGCAGUGUAGAGGACAGUGCUCACUGACAGUAAUGAACUAUAAGUGGUGUAGAGAGGGGAGGAACGUUGGUUGGAGUCCUGCAUAUACCCCUUAGAAUCGGUAAUAAAAGCAGUAUAAAAAAUCAGUGCUCACCUUUCAGAACUAUCUAUUUAGAAAAACAUACAAACUAACUGGACAAUGGGUUUGGCCUAAUUCAAGGGAGUACCGUAUUCAGAACACCUUGAUGCUUGAGUAAAUUUGCAAUUGAAAAUGUUUUGGUCCAUUUUUGUGUAAUGUCCAUAUUGCAGAUUAUAUAUUCAGUUGACGUGUGACGUAUGAUUCUCUUGCUCAUAUUAUUUAUUUACAGUGUAAUGAGAAGUGUGUUAAAGCAUAUUAUCACAUGGGGAAAGCACACCUGGCACUCAAGAAUUAUAACGAGGUGGGCAUCAUUCCAUUUCAUUUUAACCAUAUCUAACUGCAUUGUAAAGAAAACGGCCUACAACUAUAUUCAGUCACUCUGGAUGCCUAUCUGCCUCAAACUUUAUAUUGAUCUCCUAAAAUGCAGAUUUUGCAACUUUUUAAGCUUAUCCUUCCUUUAGCAAAUAGAUUCUUGCAGGCAUUCUGCUUAAUACAAUAUUUAAAAUACAAAGUGACUGCAUGUCUUUCUUAAAUGGUUUCAAAAUUUCUGCUUACUCUCUGUCUGUGUGUAUUAGUGAGACCAGAGUCCCAUAUAUUGAUCUAUGGCUCUGGGUGAGAUUAGUAGAGUGCAUCAUCCUAUCGCAUGACCAAAGGGAGCUGUAGGAAACGUAAUUUACAUAUCUCUAUUUUACAGUCGCGAAUGUGCUAUCAAAAGAUACUGGAAAUUGAGCCAGGACGGGAAAAGAUGGUCAAAGGUAAGGCAAUAUAAAACGCUGAAAAGUUUGGUUGGCUAGUGAAGUCUAUUAAUCAGAUUCGCUCAUGGUCCCACUUAAACAAACUACAAUUUAUAAAGGCUUUAUAGAGCAUUCAUAACAUCUCCAUAAACACUACAUAGAUGCCUCACAAAUCAUUUAUGAACAAACUCAACAAAGUCAUACAAUGUAAGGGGUUAUAUAUGACCCAUGUAACCAUAGGGCAAGGAUCAUCAACUAGACUCAGCUGCAGGCGUAAUAAUUUUUUUGCUCUGAAAACUUGGCAGCCCAAAUAAUAUCUCCGCCAGUAGGGGAACCCUAGGGCCUAGGCUAACGCACCAUCUUCAGGGAUGAUUAAUCAGAAAUUACUGCUUUUUUAUGUACUCAUAAUACAUAGUAUAGAAACCGACUUAUCCCUUAGCCAAAAUUCAGAUUUUGAUGUUGUCCUGACUCCUGAUCACAUCCCACCAUCUUGCCACCAAUUCAUCCCCUCUCAGCAGAGAGGUCUGUUAGGCACCCUCAUUUAUUUACGUAUGUUUCCUUUCUAAUCUGUGGCCCUACUAGCUGUUUAUAGCAUAUGAUGCUAUUUACAACAUAUGAUCAUAUGUUUCCUUUCUAAUCUGUGGCCCUACUAGCUGUUUAUAGCAUAUGAUGCUAUUUACAACAUAUGAUCAUAUGUUUCCUUUCUAAUCUGUGGCCCUACUAGCUGUUUAUAGCAUAUGAUGCUAUUUACAACAUAUGAUCAUAGGUUUCCUUUCUAAUCUGUGGCCCUACUAGCUGUUUAUAGCAUAUGAUGCUAUUUACAACAUAUGAUCAUAUGUUUCCUUUCUAAUCUGUGGCCCUACUAGCUGUUUAUAGCAUAUGAUGCUAUUUACAACAUAUGAUCAUAUGUUUCCUUUCUAAUCUGUGGCCCUACUAGCUGUUUAUAGCAUAUGAUGCUAUUUACAACAUAUGAAUGCAUAUUAUUAAACACGGUCGUCAUACUGUCCUACAUUCCUUUGAUCCACCGCAAUGAGGUUACCCCAUACUAGGCUCCCCAGAAGCCAUCUGUCUCUGAGCCCAUGUUUUCUCUUUUCUUCGUCAAGAUUAUCUGACCCAAGUGGAUUUUGAGGAAGAAAGAGAAUGCCAGGAAAGCAAAGCGUGGGAGGAGUUUGAUAAGGAAGAAGAAAAGGCCACGACAGUGCUUCAACUGUUGAAAAAGCUGGACAGACCCAAUCAGUUCCCGUUAUACUACUGCGGAGGGCUCAAGCUUCUGUCACACGCCAUUACAGACUGUGAGUACUCUGUUGGGAGUUUCCCCAUCCCUCCAAAUCCUGUGUGAGUGAGAGUGUGUGGGAAUGCUAUUUCUCGCUUCGCUUCCCCAACCCUCCUCAUCCUAUCCUGUGGGCCAAAUGGAUGUCAAUGGAUGCUCCUUCAGGUCAAGGGAGGACAGCGUUGAUAGGUGGGUUUCUCUUAUUCAUGGUUCGACUCAGAAAAAUGCAGUUCAUCUACUUUUACUGAAGAAACUUGAAACUCAGUGGAGAUCAAAUCACUGCAAAGACCUAAUGUUUGUUGUUGUGGUUAUGGUCAAUUUGUAAUCCUCUGAAAAUAAAAUACAGAAGGGAAGACCUGACCUGACCCCUCUGCAGUAUUGAUUUCUCUUCAUGGUUCAUUUUGUUUGUCACAGUUCAGCUAACUGCCCAAUAUUGCCCAGCUGAGGCGCUAGGUAGGCAGAGGAAAGGACACACGGAAGUGCAAUGAUAAAUAUGUGUUUACAAUCCAAACAUCCAUUUGGGAGCUGUUCUAUUACCAACACCUCAGAUUGUGUAGAAUGCAGAGGGACAGUACUGGAUGAUUUAUGCUAGAAUUUGUAGUGCUGUAGAGUAGCUAGUGUAUACAAGCUUUUAUGUUGAAUAAUUUGACAUUUUAGUUGUCACAGAUUUUUCCCAUUUGACAUAAUUUAAAGGCCCAAUGCAGCCGUUUUUAUAUCAAGGUCAAAUCAUUUCUGGGUAACAAUGAAGUACCUUACUGUAAUAGUUUUCCAUUAAAUUUGACCAAAAUUGCUUUUUAGCAAAACACUAUUUCUCAAGCAAGAGUUUUGCUAGGACUGUCUGGGAGUGUUCUGAUUGGGGAGGGGAAAACUUAAAACGAACUGUUAUUGGCAGCGAGGUUUGGAGCUCUGUAUAACCAAUUUACUGCCUGGUGAUGUCACCAGGCAAGCCGAAACUCCCGCCCAUGCAAACAGGCUGAUUAGAAGGUCCUGUGUACAUUGUAUUUUCAACCAGCAGGAAAUAACACUGAUCAAAUUUUUUCACACUUUUACAGUGUUGGUUUCAUCAGCUGUUGUACAUUAUAAUACAAAACACAGGAAAAACUGAUUUUUGAGUGCACUGGGCCUUUAAGGUGCACACAUGUUCCCACUAUAAUGUUAAAUGUACAUGAUAUGUGUGAACUGCCGGUAUCAAUUAGAACAAACUACAAUACCAUCAAUGACAAUAAUCAAUGAUAUCAAUGGUAGACUGCUACCUAACAUUUCCAGUCUGGGUUUUCACUUCCCUUGUCAUAUGGAUGAAUACAACCUGUCAGAUGAUCGACUGCUUGUAAGACUGACUGUCUUACAAUGUCAUUCAAUGAAAGGGCAAAAGUAACAUAAUUCCCAGUUGAACAUCUCUAAGAGUGUAGAAAAGGCCUGCCUGACAUUAUCGCCACCAAAUCACCUCGGCAGAUCUUUUUUUCCCUCUUCUCCUACAUGUUCUCUGCACACAAGCCCGGUCUCACCAUCUUUAUGAGAGAAAUAGUGGAGGACCUUUGGCUCUGGAUGACUUUUAUUUAUUCCACUCUCUCCUGCCCUUGACCGCCAGGCAUUGUGUUUCUGAAGCCUGGCCACGGGCGCACUGUGAUGAUGUAUGGGGCUCACUGAGGUAAGGAGAGGCCUCCCGAGUCCUGACGUUAUCUGCUCUUCCUAACAGGCACUGGCCAGACGCUGUUCCGAUUAAACAAUGGCUUCAGUAUCAUCCAAACCAAUGACACCGUAAGAAGGUAAGGAGACUCGAGAGAUGCCCCUGACUGACUGACUAACACUGAAAGGGAGUUAAGGACAGUCAGAGUAAACCAUGGACCCAAAAAGUUUUUCAAACAAAAGAGAUGUGUCUUUCAAAGUUACUCGCUCUCUGUUAGUUGCUAGUUAAAUAUUUCCAAAAUAGAAUGAGCUCCUUUAGAGAUUUGGAUUAACCUGUAAUGUGCUGUGCCCCAUGUAUAUAGUAGGUGUUAUGUAGGGUGAGACACUAAUCACAACUCCCUCAUGUGAAGUUAGUAAGGGUAUUAUUAACCUAAAGUCGUCAGGCAAUUGUUCUUGUGUAGCAUUGUGGACUUGUGGUCAUAUUUCAGACCAGCACAGAUUGUCAGGAAAGUGGUUCAAGUUUUCAGCACAAAGUAAUGAGAAAAAUAUGCCAUACUCAUAAAGAACACAAUUGGGUUUCCUUAUUUUCAGUUGCCUGUUGCAGAAAUCGACAGCGCCAGGCGCAGAGGAGCUAUGUAUGUCCGUACUGAAAUUGUGGAGGGUGAUUUGCGAUGGAAAUGGUUUGUAGACAGACAUUGGAGUGAUAUUUCCUCCUCUUUUUUUUGUGUCAAGAGAAAUUGUGAGGAAAAAAAUGCAUGAAAUGCCAAACGUCUUAAAUUAUGCCAUUGUUUUCACAUUAUUCUGCCUGUCAUGCUUUUUUGCCAUCUCCUUAUUAAGUGCCCACUUGUUCUGUAGUUACACAAGCAAUGUGUGCUUAAGGGGCAAUCUGGGAUUGGUCUUGCAGAACCCACGAAAUAUAACCUUGUUUUACUCCAUUGUUUGUAAACAAUGUAAUUGUAAACACACACCUUGAAGCUUCAAAACAUGGUUAAAACUACCAUUUGGGGUGACCAUUUCGUUGUUGUUUGAAUCCCAGACUGCCCCUUUUACCACAUCAAAAUUCAUGAACACUUGUUACCAAGAGAAAAUAAUUCCUCCUUCUUCUCCCAAACGGUGACAAAUCAAUUAUACUGCUGUCCAAAACCUGUUAUGCCAAUGUCAAAAUAGGGGAAAUGCAUUUGAUGUAAAAAAUCAGGCAAUUAACGAGGCAAGUGCAAUUAUAUUGUUGCUAUUGCAUUUAAAGUAGGCCUACAAUCACCCCCUGACAAAUAGCAUUCAAAAUCGAUUCAAAGUGCAUGCAAUGUAUGAUUAAAUUCAAUCUGUCACUGGAACUGUCCCUGUUGCUGAAAGUAUUUAUUCUCCUGGGCUGCUUGCUUUCAGAUGAAAACCAGAAGAUGCUGAUGAGAUGCCCAGCCUCCAAAGAGUACAUUGUUGACUUAUUAGCAUCAGGAAUGGCGGCGGUGCGGAAAGAAUGCCUGGCGUUUCUGUCUUUGUACUCCCAAACUCCACAUGGAAGACGCUUGGCCAUUGAGAACCUGAAUUUGCACAUGUAAGCGAUCAGAUCCCUAUUGGUAAUUGCGUGUUUUGGCUGACAAGAACCACACACUAUUAUCAAAUCAAACCUACCUGCCUUCUCCUCAUUCAGCUCUUUCAGACAGCAGAUAGAGCUUUCCACUCAGAGCUUAGGGAAAUUAAAUAGCAAACUAUGGGGGGAAAGCGUUGUUGUAGGAUGGCAAAAAAAAUGUGUGCGCUAUUAACAGUACACAUUUAAUUUAGUAGUUUACCCCUUGUGUACUGUGGAAAUUGAAAACAUGUUGAUAUUCUAUUGCUAUAUUUAGUCUCACAUCAGUCCUCAUGCUGCACUUGUCGGUGCCUGCUAUUCAUAUUGUGUAAUCUAUCUUAUUUAAUCAGUAAAACAAUGACAUAGUAAGUUGGAUAAUUGUCUUGGCUUAAAGAAAAGUGUUAAUGUGUGAAUUAGAAAAUAUUUGUCUUUCUCACACCACUGCAGGUUGGUGGGAAACUUGAUGGCGUGCGUAUCCACACAAAGCCAGCUGGAAACCACAGCGCUAACUAUUUUGGACAACUUUGCCACAGAAAACAAGUAUGUACACUGUAGCUAAUGCAAUAAAUAGCUUUUCAUAACCAAAUGGUUGAUGCUAUUACUUGAAGGAGGGAAAAACUCUUUACGUUUUAAUGUAUUUUCUUAGCAGCAGAUGUCAGAACAAAUGGACACGUUUCGGCGUCAGCCUUCGUCAGCGUUUGGAGAACAAUGCUAUCACAAUGAUAUCACCUCACAGGAAUAAAUACAUACACAUUCUGACGAUGACCUAGUAUUGCCAUAUUUCAUCGGCAUAAAUAUUAAAGAGCUGUUUAAAUUCACUUGGCUGGACAGUUAGGAGACUCAGAGAGAAUGCAAAGUGAACAAAUGGGGUUGACAUCCCAAUCCAUCACCAUGCUCUAUCCCACCGUUAAUCUUGAAAGCUGAAUGGCCGCUCCGUUCCUAAACUCACAAUGUCACUUAUGAAAAUAGAGUCUGCGUCACUGCAUCCCAAAUGGCACCCUUUUCCUAAUAUAGUGCACUACUUUAGACCAGGGCCCAUAGGGCUCUGGUCAAAAGAAAUUGACUAGAAAGGGAAUAUGGGACACAGCUACUGAAGGAGUUUCAGAGCCACAGGAAUAGAGCCAGAGAGUGUGUAGUGGUUAAAAUGGGAAGACAGUGCUGUUUGUGCUAAACCUGUCUCACUGGGCACACACUGGUUGAAUCAACGUUGUUUCCACGUCAUUUAAACAAAAUUACGUUGAACCAAUGUGGAAUAGACAUUGAAUUGACGUCUGUGCCAGGGUUUCCGUCAGGAAGAUUUUGCACCAGACAACGUGACUGGAAAGAUGUUAAUUUCUGGACAUUUGAGCAAUUUACCGGACAUCCAUGUGCAUUCAGAUCCGAGAGUAGAAAGAGAGAGAGAACGAAACCUCCGACCUGGUGCAGGCAGCAGCAUCAAUAAACGAGGGAUAUUGGCCAAAUGAGCCACAUUUAAGCUACGUGUCCUUAAAAACAGCCUAUACUCAUUUUUCAAUUCUAAUGAUGGCACACUUGCUUUUUCUCUGGGGCUACAAAAACACUAUUCCUUGUGUUUCGAUGUGUAGCAUAUGCAAAACUUUAUAGCCCCUUGCUUUAUCGGUUUUUACUUUCCUAAAACAAUAAUUGUCCACUUCACGGUUCAGUUGUCGGCGAUUUGAGCACUAAAUGCAUCAGACCAUUGCAUGCAUUUGCGUCCACUGUAUGAUAUUAAUAUUAGAAAAAAUGAUAUAAAGGAAGAGAAGCUUAGGCCUAGCCCCAGAGAGACAGAGAGAGAGAUAGAGAUAUGCUGGAAGCAUGCUACGACAUCAACAUGCAUUUAUCACUAUGUCUGCUAGACAGAUAUAGGCGUACAGAAGGAAGCUUAUUCAUACAUUUCUGAUCCAAAUGUUUUUUAUAAAGAUAAGUAUUAUAUUGUUUGAUUAUAGGAGUAACUCUGUUAGGCCUAAAACAUUUUCCCUCACCUCAAGUUCAACUGUCGGAGUCAGUUGGAGCGCUGGUGUGCACAUGCAUGCAAAGAGUGAGAGAAUGGUGGAGCGUGAAAUUGGUGUGUAGCCUAUGAUAGACAGCAUCUCCCAGACAAUUUGUUUUGCUUCAAUUCUACAAUUUAAUUUAUCGUCUUUUCUUUUUUGGGGGCCCAAAAGCCGUUAAUUACUUGCUAACGGUGGGGUGUGUGUGUUGCCCAGUGGGGUGUGUGUGUUGACUUAUUAAGUAUGUGUGUGUGCUUGUGUGAAUUAUAAAAUAUUGAGAUAAUGUCGUCACACACUGUGUUUUGGUACCGCUCGUCAUGACUCAUGCAUAAUAAUAUAAUACAGAUUAUGUUUGUAGCCUGAGAUUUAUUGGCUGUGUCCAUACUGUUUGCACUGUGCAUCCAAUUAUUUUAUUGUUCCUUGUCAUGUAGGAGCCUAUUGUAUAGAGUUGGCUACAUCACAUACAGCAUAGGCAAGUGAUUUGUAGCAUAUCUACUGUAUAUUCUUGUACAUUUCGUGUUCAUCAUGGAUAACUCCCUGUUCUGUUACAGAUUUUGCUUGCAGUUAAGGGACACGUUUAAAACAUUGAUUGUGCUCCCUUUCGCAAGUCUGCUGGUAAGAUAUUUGUGUUGGAAGUUAGCUACAUCUCAUCAAAUACUUAAUUUGCUCCUGAUACUGUAGUUCUUGUAGCCUGGUCCGAGAUCUGUCAUGCCAAACUUGACAACGACCAUAUGAGUUGGUUAUAUAGCAAAAACUGAUCUGGGAUCAGACAUUGUCCAAAUAUUUUUGGGAUAAUCUUUCCAUGUGCUCCGCUUGCAGAGAAACAUCACCACAUCCAACCAGCACAUUUUUCCAUCGCUCAUAUCAACAAUAGGCCAUAUGACUGGAGAUGAUGCCAUCCAUAAAGAGGUUGCCAACUGUCAGGAGUGUUGGCAGGCCUUUCUAAUCGCCAUGGUGAAUAUGGUUACAUAUUGUAUUUAUGACUAGCUUAUUUUAGAGGAGCAUACAACUUUUCUAUUUUCCUAAACUUAACUGAACUGAGAUGUUAAUUUCUCUAUUUUAUCAUUUUUCAAUUCUAAUGAUGGCACACUUGCUUUUUCUCUGUCCAAUAAAAACAAGUUUUUGAAAUGUCAUACACUGAAACUUAUAAGCCAGAAUAGAUAACAAUGUACAAUGACAUUUCUCAAACCAAAUCCAGUGUGUGUUGUAUUGCAUUGUUGUUCUCUAUUACAGGAGUGGUGUACUCACUGUGAAUACAGAGAGAUCCUUUAUCCCCUCCUGGGACUGAUGAUCAACCUCUCCGGUAAUUCCUCCACAGCCAUCCAGGUACGAUAGAGGCUGUUAGGCUGGGCGUAUCCCAAAUGGCAUCUAAUUCUCUAUAUAGUGCACUACUUUUGACCAGGGCCCAUGGCACACUAGGCCACCAUUUGGAGUUGGGCAGCGAUUGACUAGUCCUUGGCCCACCUAUCAGGGUAACACAUCAAUUUGAUGGGAAGAGGGAGGGAGGUGAGUGGAAGAACAAGAACAAAAUGAGCACUGAGAGCUUUUGUUUCAGCCCCUUUGGUAUAAUCAUAAGCACCCCUAUGAAAAAGUGAUAUGUACACUGAAAAUUGUAUUAACCUUUCUCUCUCGCGCUUUCUCUCUCUCCUUUAUCUUGCAGGAGCACGCUGUUCCCAUCAGUGGCGUAUGCUUGGGCUUGCUGAGUGAUCCCGACGGGGGCAUCAUCACAGUGAGUGAUAUGAAUCUCACCGCCUUGCACCAAAGGGCCCCGACGCAGUUCUACUGA